UAAAUCGGAUGCUAUAUGUUGGAGUUUCCUGUCAUAUUAGUAUAAGCGGGUAUUCGAAUACUUGGAUUUUCCAUCAUUAAAUAACUGAAAUGAUAACACUGGUAAAUGAAAAGACACUCAUUGUUUGCGAAGAGGACUGCGAUCUCACCUCAAUCUUUCACGUAUACUUUUUUGCAAUGUGUCGUCUAAAGACGUUUCCUUGGAGUGAGCUUGAAACUUCCCUGAGGGACUCUGUUUCUUCAACUUUACUGUCACAGAUCUUAAGCAAGACUGUCCAUCAUCCCAUAUGCAAAAGCAGGCCACCAUCUAACCAGUAUCAAAGACUUUUCCUGUCUGAAUUAAUUAAAAGGCAUGAAACUACAGCAUCUGAACCACUUGAUGAGCUCUAUGAUGCUUUGGCAGAGGUUCUUAGACUGGAGGAGCAGGCCCAGUGUCAUAAAAGCUACCGUCUGCCUACAGGUGAUUUUGUCAGUUUGAUCGAGAACCAGGCUGUCAUUUCUGAAGGCACAACAGGCCUGGUUACAUGGGAGGCUGCUUUGUGCUUGGCAGAAUGGGCCAUGGAGCACACAGAUAUCUUCCAGGGCAGGUCAAUACUUGAGCUUGGGAGUGGAGUGGGUUUGACUGGGAUUACGGUGUGCAAAAUGUGCAGACCUCAUAAGUAUAUCUUCAGUGACUGUCACCCCAAUGUGCUUCGUCAACUCCAAAAAAACCUCUCUCUGAACAAUCUGGCCAUUCAGGAGUUUGCUAGCUCAGCUGCUUCAAAUACGUCUGAGGUACAAAUUAUGGUGAAAAAUUUGGAUUGGGAGGUUGCAUCUCAAGAGCACUUCAAGGAUCUAUGUGUAGAUGUUGUUAUAGCAUCAGAUGUAGUUUAUGAUCCUGAAAUUGUUCGUUGCUUGGUUAAGCUUUUGUCACAGUUGCUGACCUGUGCAGAGAAAGACAAAAUUCCAAAUAUGUACAUAGCAUCGACAAUCCGCAAUCAUGAGACCUAUGCCUACUUCAGAAAAGAACUAGAAGCAUCUGGUAUCAGACAGAACAUCAUUCCAGGCCCAAGAAGAUGGGUUUUCCCCUAUGAUAGAUCCUCACAAAUAGAAUUAAUUAAGUUGCAUUUAUAAUAAAAAAUAAAGAUAAAACUGUUGAAUUAUGUUUAGACAUACUGUAAAUAAACCAUUUGAGAAUCAAAAACAGUGGUGGCCUUCCAUUUUGAUAAAGUGGUGGUUAGGAGUU